AUGUUCCGACCCGCCGCCCGAUCGAGCCUGCGCUCGGUAGCUCGCGCCUCACCCUCCUCCUUUGCCCUUGCUCCCACAGCCAGAAGUACCUUCGGAAAGCGGUUCGCCAGCACAUCGCCCGCGAAUGCGCGACGGAGUUGGAAGGGCUCGGCGUUGAGAUGGGGUCUCGCUAUUGCGGGCAUUUACUAUUAUAACACGAGCCCGGUCUUUGCGGAGCAGCCACAACAUAAUCUAUUAAACCCCAACCUCGACGCCCUCGACGACGAGCGGCCGGACCAUUCGACCCUGGAAGCCCUCACCUCGCGCCGCGCACGGGAAGCCGAGAAAAACGCGUCCGCCCUGCACUCCGUCGCCGAGUCGAUAUCGUCCGAGAAUGCCUCCACCACUGCCAUCAUUGACGACCACGGGCCUCUCACAACCGGCACGGCCGAAGGGCUCGAGGAAGAGGCUGCCGGCGAGGGCGCCUUCAAUCCGGAGACGGGGGAGAUCAAUUGGGACUGCCCGUGUCUGGGAGGCAUGGCGCAUGGGCCAUGCGGGCCUGAGUUCCGCGAAGCGUUUUCGUGCUUCGUGUUCUCCAAGGAGGAGCCCAAGGGCAUGGACUGCAUCGACAAGUUCCAGAACAUGCAGCAGUGCUUCCAACGGUAUCCGGAGGUCUACAAGGGCGAGCUGGAAGAUGACGAAGAGCUGGAUGCCGGCCUGGAGGCCGAGAAACAGGAGUUGGUAAAUGAGAUUGCCGAGCGCAAGAAGCAGCACCAGGAUGCGGUUGCGACGCAGCACAGGUUGCUCGAGGAGCCGGACCCGGCGCCGAGGCCCGCACGAACGAAGAAGGCCACCUCUCUUGAACCAAAAGAACCGUCACAGCCUGGGCCGGAGACCGCGAAGAACGAUGCUACGACGUCCAAAAAAGCAGAACAUCUCUCAAGUGACAAGCCGCCUGCAUCAGAAGGAAAGGUGCACGUGAGUGACGACCCGUCUCAUUCUUCCACGAUGUCGCCCGAGCGCGAAAACAUCACCGAGGGCCAGAAAUCAGGAGUGACGAGUGAGCCGAAGAAGUCUUCUGCGACUGAUGACACGUACAGUCCGGAAGCUAGUAUUGUGCCCAAGGCGGCGCAUGAUGCUACCGGCGAUGAUGCAGAGAAGUGA